GGGGCUGCACCGGCUGCGGGCUGUGCCAGCCCAGUGCCAGACUGCAUUCAGUGAUGGCCGGUGUGCAGGUCCCUGUUCUGCUGUCCCUUCGUCCCUGUCCUCUCUGCCCCACACUCACUGGCCAUGUCUUGCAGGUGGCUCUUCGCAUCCGACCCAUGAGUGUGGCUGAGCUGCAGAGGGGGGCCAGGCCCAUUGCCCACCGCCUGGAUGAGCAGGUUGUGGUGCUGCAAGACCCCAUGCAGAACUCUGAUAAUGUCCUGCAUGCCAGCCGCUCCCAGGAGAAAUCCUACAUCUUUGAUGCAGCCUUUGACUCCACAUCCACCCAGGUGGGUCCAUGGGAUGGGCAGGGCAUGGGGACGUGGGGCUGGGAACAUGGUGUGGGACAGCCAACUGGCAUGGGGGCACUGGGAUGUGCCCUGGGACCAUUCACUCUCCAACAGGAAACAGUGUACCAUGCCACCACCCGAGGCCUCAUUGCAAGCGUCAUCUCCGGCUGCAAUGCCACCAUCUUUGCUUAUGGCCCCACUGGCUGUGGGAAGACCUACACCAUGCUUGGCACCGACAGCGAACCUGGCAUCUGUGCCCGUGCCCUUGGUGACCUCUUCCAUGCCAUCAAGGAGUGCAGCAGUGAUGCAGAGCAUGAGGUCUCCAUGUCCUACCUAGAGAUCUACAAUGAGGUGAUUCGGGAUCUGCUGAGCCCCUCACCACACUCCCUGCAGCUGCGGGAGGAUUCCCAUGGCACCGUCCGAGUGGUCGGCAUCACCGAGGUGUCGGCCGGCAGCUCCGAGGAGGUGGGACAGGGGAUGUCUGGGGGGCAGCAGGGAGCAGCGAGCCCCUUACCCAGCACAGCCUGUCCUCUCCAGGUCCUACAGCUGUUGCUGAGGGGGAAUCGGCAGCGGACACAGGAGCCCACAGCUGCCAACCACACGUCAUCACGCUCCCAUGCCAUGCUGCAGGUCACUGUGCGGGGACGGGGACUGUGCUGCGGGCGGCUCCAACUGAUCGACCUGGCAGGCUCCGAGCGGGCAGCUUGGACGCAGAACCGUGGGCAGAGGAUGAAGGAGGGAGCGCACAUCAACAGGUCACUGCUGGCCCUGGGCAACUGCAUCAAGGCGCUGAGCAAGCCGGCAGGCAGUGCGCACGUCAACUACCGUGACAGCAAACUGACCCGCCUGCUGAAGGACUCGCUCGGGGGGAACAGCCACACGGUGAUGAUCGCCCACAUCAGCCCUGCCAGCACUGCCUUUGAAGAGUCCCGCAGCACGCUCACCUACGCCCAGCGCGCCAAAAGCAUCCGCCCCACGGUGGGACCGGGAGGGUGAACACCAUCCCACCUCCUGCCAGCAUCCUCCUGUCCUGUCCCUGAGCAGCCCUGGUCCCCAGCAGGGAGGGCGUAAGAGCCGGUCCCUGCUGCACAGCUGCACAGUGCUCAGGGACCCGAGCUGGGGAUGUGCUGUGCCGCGGCAGUGAGAUGCUCAUGCUAUGCCCAUUUCAGGUGAAGCACAACCUGCUCAGCAACUCAACCCAUGGCAGAAUUGUGGCCAACCUGCGUGGGGACAUCCAGCACCUCAAGCACCAGCUGUACACCGCAUCAGGACCAGGCAAGCACUGUGCCAUCCGCUACACCCAGGGUAUGCCUGGCCCCACUGUGCUGCCCCAGAGCUGCAGGGCUCGGUGCUGACACCCAUAUUCCCAGCCCAGGUUCAGCUGCGGGACAAGCUGCUCAAUGCCUGCCGUGAGCAGGCAGCCCUGUGCCAGCACCUGGUUCAGCUGGAGGGCACAGCACUGCACACCCGGCUGGCAGCUGCCCGGCACCUCCGCAUACUCACUCGGUAUGUGGGUGCAGGUGGGGUCCCCAGAGAACUGGCUGUGUCACUGAGACCCCAAAAUGCCUCCUGCAGCUGGAAGAGGAGAGCAUGGCGCUGGGACAAGGAGGGGCAAGGGAAGCCAGGGGGGCCCAGUGAGAGCAAGAGGAACACAGACACGGAUAUGCCAGAACCACCCAAUGUGAUCACAGCACAGGAGAGCUUCAUGGCACUGGUGGAGAAGCAGGGCAGACUCCAGGAACAGAAGGUGCGGGAGCCCCAAAUGCAGCAUCCACAGCUCAACCCCACAUCUGCAGGGAGCUGAGCUUGACGAGUUCCUGCCUAACAGCACCACUCACCCCAGAGCACUGGGAUGCGUGCAGAGGGUAAAAGGCCAGGCAGGUUGGAGGCCCUCUAGCAGGGAUGCUGUCCCCUGGGAAGGAGGAUGACCCCCGCGUGUGCCCACAGGCAG